UGACAUUGACACUUUAUAGAAGCCGGCUGUCAAAAAAAUUGUUUUGACAUUAGCGUAUUUACUAUUAUCAUCCAAACAUUUGCAAUUAAGAAAAAUGAUUGAUAAAUCAGAGAUUUUGGUGGAAACUAAGGAGACAAACUCGACAAGUUUUGAGGAUACUGUAAAUUCUAUACUAUGUGGGUUAGGUGCUCAAAAAUAUAUCGAGAUAUUCAAAAAACAAAAAAUUGAUCAGUAUGGAUUAUCGGAAUUGUCAGACGAAGAUCUCCUAAAAUUGGGUAUUGUUGAACCUGAUAUAAGGAACCAACUCAUUGAACGUGCCAAGUUGCUUCCUGCAUAUGAAGAAUCUCAAGCUAUUAGGAUCGCUACUUUGGGUCCAACGGAAAUGGUUGAAGUUUUUGAAGAAUGUGCCUUGCUACUCCAUAGGAUACAUCUUAGUAUGGUAGCCAGUAACUCAGCACUGAGUAAAACUAAAAAAGUAUCAGACUGUUUGCUAUAUAAAGAUAAAUAUGCAUCUAAUGUAGCACUGGCCACAUUAAACGAAAUAAAUAACAUAUUAAAUUCUAUGGAAAUAGCAGUGAAUUCAAAAUUCAAGGUAAAAAAGACAAAAAACAAUAAAGCAAAGAAAAUUUUAGUUGGAACCAUUGGGAGUGCUGUGAUUGCUGCAUUGGCCGUUCUAUUCACUCGAUCCCUGAAACAACUCUGAAAAUUUAAUGUGAUCCAGAACUAAUCAUACAAAUUACUUUCUAGCCUAUGUGCCAUUGUCCUAUCCAGCAAUUUGAUUGGAUAUUAAAUUAUUAUGAAAAAAAAUUUUUUUAAU